CAUUUAAAGCAAUCCCUAGUUUGUUAAGAAUGCUGGGAAUUGUAGAUCUGUGAGGGAUAAACAACAGUUCCCAAGUUUCUUUGGGGUGGGUUGGAACAUGUGCUUGAAACAUGUGAGGCGAAUACGAAUCUGGUGAGAUGUGAUUGAAAACGCACCCCAAAAAGCCGGCGGGGGUUGGCGGAAUUUGGGAGCUAGGAUUGCCCGGUCCUUGGAAAGGUGGGAAGUCUUCUAUUUAGCACUACCGCUUUCCUUUGGUGGAGACAGACAGGCUCCUGCACUUGGUCAGACAAACAGUAGUUGGUCAGGUGCAGCUUCUCCCCCCCCCCGCGCAUGAAGAUGUGACGGGAAAAGUUUCACCGGGUGAGUUUCUGCCUGUUUAGGAACACGGGGGAAGGACGAGAGAUAAGUGAGCCGAACCUCAGGUGCUUCCUGCAUGGAGGAGGGGAAGCCUGAUGACGGCGGGAGAGGCUUAGCGAAGGAAGAACCGGUCUGGGAUGCCGGAGUAGGAGCCCCUCCCUUGGAAGGCGGAGCUCCAGGCUCAGGUGUCUGCCAGGUGUGCUCGAAGCUCGCCUGCCCUUUGCUCUGGGUGGAGUGGCGGAAAGGAAAAGAUUCAAAACAAGAAGAUCUUGCAAUCUGGACAAGGAGGAAGAUAUCCAGACUUUCAGCUGAUCAGAAUUAACUCGCCCUGUAAAGUUUUUGCAGUUGGAAAUACUCAUAUCAACGACUCCAGAAUUAUAAUGCAGCUAUUCUAGAAUUUGCAUCAUUUGUGUGCCCAGUUGCUUCCAGGAUUCUCCCAAGAUUUUACUCUACAACUAGAAUAAAAGAAUCCUAGGCUCUAGGUUCCCUCAAACCCCAGUUAAUUCACAAAUCUCUUAUUGAAUCAUAUUCUGGAUUAAAAGCACAUACAAUUCUGGAUAGUAUGACGAAACAGAAGUCUUGAACAGAUGCAGCAGUCUUCUAGAUUCACAGCCAGUACAGCUAGUUGAAAUAAAUUUUGAAUUUGUAGUGUGGCUAUUAAUAUUUUGCGACAGAUAUUUUGAGAUUCAGGUAGUUAUCACAAAAGGGGCAUUUUGAAGUAGCAAACAGGCUUUAGCAAAUCCAAGCCUUCUAGAACUGGAGUGGAGAAAUGCAGCUUUAAACUGUGUACUGUAAUUAUCUAGAUGCUGGUUCUAGAUGUUUGUUGGAUGUAAUCCUAGCUAGUUCAUAUUCCGAUCAGAUUGGCUAUUUUUCAGUAGGAGUUCUGGGUAGUCAGGUUUUUAUAACCUGAUUUUAGAAAUGGCCUAGAAUCUGCCCAGAGCAGACACUGAUCAAGAGGAAGCCAAUCUAGACUGGUUUUUGGAUUCUGUUGGAGAGGCAGACUAGACCUAAGAGGUUCAGAUUAACAAAUCAAAUAGGAAAUGAGAGUGAUCCAGUAAGAGGAAUGUGCUCCAGAAAUGAGUGCUAGGCAGUACUAGGAUUAUGACUAUAGGAAGGAAACUAUAUUUAGAAUUGUAGAGAGAAAUCAAUACAGAGUUUGAUGAUCCAGAAAAUCUGUUCCAGAAACCUCACCUGUUCUUAGGUUUAGAUGCAUAGGUUGUUGAAUACAGAGAAGGUACUUUACAGUUGCAGAAAUUCUAGUUCUUGUAUUUUAUAGCCAGAACUGCAUGGGGUUCAGAAAAUCUGAGAAGACCUAAGAAUACAGGAUUUCCUUCUAUUGUUUCUCAUCUCUGAAUUCAUGGAUAGUCCCAACAAUUUCUGCCGCCUCUGUGGCACAGUGCUGCGUGGCAAUCAUCGUCGAUGGCUCUUCAGCCAUAGCGGGGGCAGCUCCCGCCCUGACCUGCUGGUGUUGUUGUCUUAUGUCCUCAGCCGAAAGCCACCUCAGCGUGGUGAUGGCUGUGGAGAGUUCUUGUGUGGGAAAUGUGCACAGGCCUUGAGCCAGGUGUACCGCUUUGAUACCAUCAUUGCCCGGGUGCAGGCCCUCUCUAUUGACCGCCUCCAGCGUCUGCUGUCAGAAAAAGACCAGCUGGCCCGCUCCCUGCGCCACAUCCAUGCGCGGCAUUUCCCAGGUGAUGACAACUCCUUGUCUUACUUGGGCCAAGAGAUCUCUGUCAGCAUCGCAGAUUUGCCACAUGUGCGUUACCAGCAUCUCCUGCAGGAUGACAUGGCCCUCUCGGAAUACGAGUGCUGGGCAAAUGAUGCCGACAGCAGCCGGCCUGGCACACCAUGCCGGAACCGUCAGUGCCACAGCUGCCACGGGCUCCGGGUGAAGGACUCUGAUUACGAGUGGGUGUGCCGGACCCCGAGGCGGCUGGGUAUGUUGUCUCCUGUCUUCCCUCUCUGCCGGGACAAGUCUCAGAGCAUGCCCACGGUCCACCACAUCAGCUCUCAAGCCUCCUUCCGAUCGCAGAGCUUGGGGGAUGCCGAGUCGUGUUCAAUGAUGUCGUUGGAUACGCUGCCAGAGAUGGAUCUGGCCUGGGAGGCACUGAGGGCGCUGAGAGGCAUUAGAUGGAAGCGGCUGAGAGCACCGGAGGGCAGCAAGAUCCCAGUGCUGACAGGAAACAGGCGAAUGUCCACACCACAGAGAGAGAGCCCUUUGGGAGAAGAAGCAUAUGAAGAGAUAGUGGAUGAGUUUAUGCCACUGAAGUCGAAGCGCCACCCUCGGCUGAUGCUGCACCGGGACGUCCAAGGAGCCUUUGAGAACCUGAAGCAACGUCUUGAGGCUGCUGAAGAAGAGCUCAGGAGUUUCCAGGAGAAGCACGGAGAGGAUACGAGUCAGGAGGCUGGAAUUCCACACGCAAAGGAAGCCACGAAUAAUAGCCACGGGCGGCUGAUUCAGUGGCUGACAAGGUGUCUACAGAGCAAGGAGGGGGUCUUGCAGGACUGUCUUGUCCUCUUGCAGUCCCUUGGAGCUCCAGGUGUCAAGCCCUCUACGUCGGAAGCCCUGAUAAAGCAAAUGGCCCAGCGCCUGAACGAAAGGGACCAGGCCUUAGAGAAGACCUUGUCCAGUCACUUUCUGGCGCUCGAGUCGGUGCACCAAGAACUGAGGCACCUUCAGGAGGCCCUGAAGGAUAAAGACACCGACUUGGCAAGACUCAGCACUGCCCUCCGCACUGGAGAAGAGACCCUGCAUGCUUUACGUGAGGUGUUGCAUCAGAAGGAUCGGGAGAUCCAGCGCCUGGAAUCCCUCUGUACCUCAACCCGUGAAUCCUGGCAGCAGCGUGACCAAACCUUGCUCCUGGCUCUGCAAGAGAAGGAAGCCUUAAUCAAAGCCCUCCAGGAAGCGCUCACCAGUAGCACCAAGGAUGUGGAGGCCCUUGCAAAUUCUCUGGGCAGCCCUGACUUUUGCCCCAGCCUUCUCCAGCGAAUCAAGGAAAAGGAAGACUUGCUGGCCCGGUCCUUGGCCACACAGGAGGAGCCCAGAGCCCAGUGGCAAAGACACCUGCAGGCAGUAGAAGAUGCCGCUGCCGCCAGGGAACAGAAACUGCAGGAGCAGCUGUGCCAGCAUUCCCAGGAUGCCCGAGAAAGGGCUCAGGAGGUUGAAAAGCUGCGCAGGCGCCUGGCACAAGCAGAGGCAGAACUCACCCAGGGAGCUGCGCAGCUGGAGGCGCAUCGCACAGAAGUGGCCCGGCUCCGGGGAAUGGAGGAUAUGAAGGAGCGGGUCCUGGAGGAAGCUCUGUGGGAGGCAAAGGAGAAGGACCGGAUCCUGCAGAAGCUGCAAGAUUGCUGGUUGAAAAGAAUGAAUCAGGUUCCAGUGGGCCAAAUUCCAGGCCAGACUCUUCUGCCUCCCACCUGAACUCCCCUUGCGCCUGAUCGACAUCAAGAGUUCCAGAAAUGAAGAGAUGCUGGACAAAAUGAAAUUGCACUUGAUCAGUGGAAGCAGGGAAUAGGGAGAGAUAGAAGGGGGGGAAGCUGUCAGUUAUUUCAGAAAGGGAGUGUUGUGAGGGGAGCCUCUGAUUGUUUCAUUCCUGGGGAGGAGAGCUAAUGUGGUGAACAUUGAUUGUGGCUGUGUGUUCAUUCUGGGUGUGAAGUUAUUGGCUCCUCUAGAGCAUGCUGGAGUGCUUCACAGAACAUACGCUGUUUCUCAAGAAUGCACUGCCUGAAGUAAAAUAAAGUGAUCUAACACGG